AUGGAUCUAAUCUUGGCUGGUGAGAAAAGGUUUUUGCAGUUGCACGAGUUAGAUGAAAUGAGGUUGCAAGCUUAUGACAACUCCAUGCUAUACAAGGAGCGCACGAAAGCUUGGCAUGACAGUAAGAUCAAAAGGAAGAGAUUCAAAACUGGUGACAAGGUGUUUUUGUUCCAAUCUAAGUACAAGCUUAAGGCACCAAAGCUCAAAUCAAAAUGGACAGGUCCUUAUGAGGUUAGGAAGAGUUUCUCAUCCGGUUAUGUGGAGUUGAUUGGUCCAACAAACAAUUUUACUGUAAAUGGACACCAUUUGAAGCAUUACCAUGAAGAAGAUGAAGAGAAUGCGGAGGUGUUCGAGAUUGGCUUCUAUGCCAUCAACAAAUGA